AUGGGCUUUAAUAAAAGGGUUGUAGAUGAUUUUUUUCAACUUCUUGGUGGGUUAAUGGAUCAAUAUAAAUUUAAGCCUGAUAGGAUAUAUAACUGUGAUGAGACGGGGAUUUCUUCUGUACCAAAAUCCAAAUCUAAAAUUAUUGCAUCAAAGGGUAGGAAACAAGUUGGGGCUAUUACUUCUGCUGAACGCGGAGAAACCGUUACUGUUGAAAUUUGUAUGAACGCUGCUGGUACGUACAUGCCACCUUUCUUUAUUUUUCCAAGAAAAAGGUUCAACAGUGAAUUUAUGAGAAAUGCCCCAAUUGGUUCAAUAGCUGAAUUCCACCAAUCAGGGUGGAUGCAAAAAGACAUUUUUGAAAAAUGGAUGGUGCAUUUUAUUCAAUUUUCUCAUGCUACUCAAGAUAAUCCAGUUUUAUUAUUGUUAGAUGGUCAUUGUACUCACACUAAGAGUAUUGAACUGAUUCAAAUAGCCCGUGAUAAUGGAGUUGUACUCCUUUGCUUUCCUCCUCAUUGUACUCACAGGUUACAACCUCUAGAUGUCGCAUUUAUGAAGCCUCUGAGUACAUACUAUGACAAAGAAACUACAAAUUGGCUUAGAAACCAUGGCGGUGAUGUUGUAACAUUAAAACAACUGGCUGAAAUUUUUGGAUUAGCUUUUAUAAAAGCUGCAACCAUGACAACAGCAAUCAAUGGUUUUCAAAAAACAGGAAUUUGUCCGUUUAAUCCAGAUAUUUUUAAUGAUUUGGAUUUCAUGGCUGCUGAGACAACUAAUGUACUAAUAGAGAAUGAUGAUAUGGCUCAAGUUUCCAGUGUUCCGCCUUUACCAGUCAUCAGAGAGUCAUGUACGUUACCAGAAGCUUCAAAUUCUACAACAGAUAAUGAAAAAGUACCAGAUCCUAUGCCUGGGUGUUCACACUGGAAUGAUCAAACACCUAAAGUAAAAAAAACUACAUUUAAAAAUGUUUCACCUGAAGAUGUUUUACCUGUACCUCAGCAAACAUUAGAAAAUAGGGAAAAGAAAAAAAGGAACUCUCGCUUUAGAGGAAAAACUGCUGUUAUAACAGAAUCUCCAUAUAAAAAAGCAUUGGAAGAGCACCAAAAAAAUAGUAAAAAGUUUCCAGCUAAACGCAAGGUUACAAAUGUAAAAAAAAAGUUAUUUUCCAAACCUGACAAACCUUCCAACAAAGUGAAUGAACAAAAUGAUGAUCAAACAAGUAAUGAAGAUGAUGUUGAAUGUCUUUACUGUGGCAAUACCUAUUUGCAAUCAAAUGAAGGCUGGGUUCAAUGCAGGGCAUGCUUAAAAUGGGCACAUUGUUCUUGUGCUGGCGAAGAUGACAAUGAUGAUGAACUGUAUCACAUUUGUGACAUUUGUAAAGUUUAA